CUUUCUCUGCUUCUUCUCUAGGUCACAUAGAUUACAUAGCAGAUUAUUAUUGGAUUUCAAGGAAGUAACUGUAGACAACUUCGGAAAUAACACAAAAUCUAAAUCAAACUCAAAAAGGGUAAAAAUUUCCAAGAACAAAUAAAAUUAAUCCAAAUCUUUCAAAAAAUUUAGUAACUUUAAACCUCCGAUCUCUUUCUUCUUCAAUGGCUGAUGCUCCCUCCUCUUCCGCAACCCUAGAGACCAAUUUCCAAUCCAAACCCGAUUCUGAUAGCCCGAAUCCGCAACCCACUCAACCCGAUCCUCCUCCUUCAUCUUCCACUACCACAACAACACCUCUGCAACCAAACCCUAACCCUAACGCGCUCCUCCUUUCUUCUCAACUUCCUCCCGCGAUCCCCUCCUAUUCGACUCCUCCACCACCGAUCUCCGGAGCCGCCACCAACAUGCCGCCGGCGCCUCCUUCGUUCCGUCCGGUUCCGCAGUUUUCACCGUUACCGAAUUUUCAAGCUCCUGGCAUGCAGCCGCCCGGCGUGAGUGCGACUCCUGGUUCUGUUCCGCCGCCAUUGAUGCAGUACCAGGCGCCGGCGGGUCAGGUUCCAAAUCCUGCUCUUAGACCGUUUGCCCCGAUUCCAAAUGGAUAUGCCGCCAUGCCGGGAGCUGUUCCUCAGGUUACCAUGCCUCCUCCGGGACUUCUCCGCUAUCCUUCUCCUUACCCAGCAAUGAUUCGGCCCACAUUCCCUCCACGUCCUCCUGGAGCAAUUGGUGUGAUUUCAAUAGUGUCACGUCCUCCUGUUCCGGGUGUUCCUGGCGUUCGCUCAAUUAUUCCUCCUGUCAUUAGACCAGCUGCUGUUCCUAAUGUUACACCAGCAGAGAAACCUCAAACUACAGUUUAUGUUGGCAAGAUAGCACCAACUGUGGACAAUGACUUCAUGCUCUCUCUUCUUCACAUAUGCGGACCUGUCAAGAGUUGGAAGCGUGCUCAAGAUCCCACUAAUGGGACUCCUAAAGGUUUUGGGUUUUUUGAAUUUGAGUCUGCUGAAGGGGUUCUUCGUGCAUUACGCCUACUUAGCAAAUUUAAUAUUGACGGGCAAGAAUUAGUGUUAAAUGUUAAUCAAGCAACAAGAGAUUAUCUGGAGCAGUAUGUCAAAAAGAAAAGUGAAAAUGCAAAGAAACUCAAUGAAGCUCAAGCUGCAGGGGCUGAGAAAGAAGGCGAGAAUGCAAUAGGUGAUGAGAAGAAUGAAUCAUCAACGCCUUCUGUUAAGGAUUCUGAGAAGGACAGCGAUACUGGCAACAAAGAAAAUAUUGACAUUGCCAACUUUGGCAUCGUGACGGAUGAAGAUCGUGAGGCCGAUCGAGAUGCUUCAGAGAAGCUUGCCAGCAUGAUUGAAGAGAGGUUAAAGACCAAUCCUUUCCCUCCACUACCACCACAAAAUGCUCCUAAUGGUUCUGGCAAAUCAAAUUCAGAUCUGCCUGCUAAAUCAAGGGAUGCGGACUCUGAUGUUGAUGUAAUAAGAAAUGAUGGAGCUGAAGGUAAAAAUGAUGAUGAGACAACCAGUGAGAGCAAAGCAACUACUGAGAAUGAUCGGCCUGAGACAAGCUCACCUGAUCGUAGGUAUGAUAGAAGAAGUAGAGACAGAGAGCAGGAUCUUAAGAGGGAAAAGGAGCGUGAAAUUGAAAGAUUAGAAAGAGAAACAGAACGAGAAAGGAUAAGAAAAGAGAGGGAGCAACGAAGGAAGAUUGAGGAGGCUGAGCGCGAGUAUGAAAAGUUUCUUAGAGAUUGGGAGCAAAGAGAAAAGGAUAAGGAGAAGCAGAGACAGUAUGAGAAGGAGAGGGAGAAAGAGAGGGAGCGCAAACGGAAGAAGGAGAUUCGCUAUGAUGAAGAUGAUGAUGAUGAUGAUGAUUCGAGAAAAAGGUGGCGUAGGAGUGCUUUGGAGGAAAAGAGGAGGAAGAGGUUGCGGGAGAAAGAGGAUGAUUUGGCUGAUAGACUCAAAGAAGAGAAAGAAAUUGCUGAGGCCAAGAAAAGAGAGGAGGAGGAGCAGCUGCAGCUGCAGCAGCAGCGCGAUGCAUUAAGGCUUUUGUCUGAUCGCAUUGCAAAUGGAGGUGAAAAGACUGUGUUGGCUGAAGAAGCUAGCACUGAAAACAAGGAUAAGGCAGUUGAACAGCAUUAUGAGCAUGAAUCAAGUCAUGAAAACCAGAUAUUCAGCGAAGGGAAUAUGCAAAAUGGUUCUGUUGAUGAAUCAAACAUGGCCUUUGUUGCUGCAUCAGAUACACGGCAGAGUGGGAAUGCCCCAGCAAGAAAGUUGGGUUUUGGUCUUGUUGGAUCUGGUAAGCGGACUACUGUCCCAUCUGUUUUCCACGAGGAAGAUGAUGAUGCUCAGAAGGAGAAGAAAAUGAGGCCCCUGGUUCCCAUUGAUUACUCUACUGAGGAACUGCAGGCUGUCCAACCUGGUGCCCCACCACCAAAUUUGGUUGCAGCUGCUGAAUUUGCAAAGCGAAUAUCAAACAUUAAUCCUAAAGAGGAAAAACCUGAUGCAGAAAGAGAACGAAGCAGACGUUCUUAUGAUAAAUCUGGCAGGGAUAAAGAUGGUUAUGAUGAGGAUAACCGCACCAGAGAUGAGAGCAAAGAGAGGAUGCCUGUUCGGGAUAGGGACAGGGAACAUGGACAAGGUAAGGUGAAAACAACAGAUAACCAGAAACUUUUGGAUGCCAAACAAUUAAUUGAUAUGAUUCCAAAGACCAAGGAGGAACUAUUUUCAUAUGAGAUAAACUGGGAUGUGUAUGACCAGCAUGCAUUGCAUGAGAGAAUGAGACCCUGGAUUUCAAAGAAAAUUACGGAGUUUUUGGGAGAGGAAGAGAAAACAUUGGUAGAUUACGUUGUAUCCAGUACUCAGGAACAUGUUAAGGCCUCCCAAAUGCUGGAGCUGCUGCAGUCUAUAUUAGAUGAAGAAGCGGAGAUGUUUGUGCUUAAGAUGUGGAGGAUGCUCAUAUUUGAAAUUAAAAAAGUAGAGACUGGUCUGGCUUUGAGGUCAAGAGCCUGAUUGAACAUUGUUGCGCAGUGGUGGUUCCUAUGUUGCCGUGGGACUGAGAUUUUUAUUACAUGGUUGUUAUCCCCAUUGGGGUGAAUCAUGUGUCUCUUCUGCCUGUUACUGUAAGACCAAAAUGUAGAUUGCACUAGGGAAUAGCUUUGUUGAGUUUGUAUUACUACUAAGUACAAUUUGUUACAUCAACCAUUUUUUUUUUCGCUGAUUUCACCAUUUUUCUCCCGCUCUCUAUGGAAGAGCAACAUUUUGACAUCCUUGUUCAUUUUGAUUUUGUCUGCCAUGUGGAAUGGACUAAUGAUUCAUGUUCA